UUGGCGCUGCCCGCGGAGUUUAGCUGGAGUUUUCCUCCCAGAAUUGAAGAAACCUGGACGCAUGAAUGAUCUCCCCUCCGGGGUGGAGCCCGGCAGACCCCGGGGGCGCUCUGGGUGCUCUCCGCGCGGUGAGGGGCGUGGGCCACCCUUGGAUUCCAGCACCCCGAAUCUCACCUUGGCGGGGACCGAUAGGGCCCUAUCAGCCGCAAGUGGGAAAUUGAGAUCGCAGACCGGAAAGAAUUUGGAUUGCCAGUCCCGGGUCAGAGAGAAAGUGCUCUUUCUUUUGCACCCGGAGAGGUGGUUGGGAACACAAGCCGACCCUGAUUACUCAGCGCUGGUAGACAGCGAGAACCUUCCCCUGACUAUUGGAGAUCGUCGUGAUUCGGAACCGCAACCGAAGCUUUCCCGCAGGCGUAUUGCCACCGUCCCGGGAGCCCAGCCCGAGAACCCCGACACCACACCCAGGUCGGUGUUGGUGCGGGUCGUGGAUUACCAGGUGACGCAGGAGGUGCAGUGGACCGCAUGGACCAAGGGGAGUAUGACCACGAGGACGGAAGAGCGCUCUGUGGCUGCAGUCACCUUUCGGACACAGAGGGAGUGACACAGCUCAUGGGGGUUACCAGAGCGCCAGCGCCCCAAGGACCUGGUGCUCAAGAAAUUAAACACACAGAUCUCUGGAGCCUGAGAAAUAUUCCAGGACAGUGGAUGCGGGAAAAUGCUUGAAGAACAAAUUUUAAGCAGCCUGAGACGUCUUCUGUAGCUUAAGUGUCACACAGUGGUUAGCGAAGAAAAGGUGAAGAACAGUUUCCUUCCGUGUCUCAGAAGAGCAUCUAUCUGGACUUGUCCUCAGUACCAAGGAAUCUCUCCAAUGACUGGGGCUUCAUUCUACCACUUAACCUCCACUUCACAGAAAACAAGUUUAUCUAAAAUUGCGUUUGUUAGAUUAAUUGCAUCAAUGACUCUGAGAGGUCCAUCUGGGCACAUUAUGACUGGUUCAAAUAUCCAAGUCACAUAAUUACUGUGGAUUCAGGCAAGCGUCUACCUCUUUUAUUAAUAUGUGUUUUUUUUUUAAUUGUUUGAGGUAAUGCCUCACUGGAUAGCCCAAGUUUACUUUGGACUUGGUGUCUAGCCUGUGAUGACUGACCUUGAGAUCUUUCCUUGUGAGCCUCCCACAUGUUGGGAUGACAGUAUAUGACAGAAUGCCUGACCACCACCUCUCUAAUUCCUUUAUUCACACCUGUUACUACCUUGAUGUUCAAUAUAUUUGACCUGCUGUUGUAUUGAGGGGCCAUAUUAUGUUUCAAUUAAAACUCACUGUGAUUCUU